AUGGACGUGCAUCAGACGAUCUCGAAACAAAAGCGGAUCAAGCCUAGCAAAGGCGGCAUGGUUUACGCGCGCCCGGGAAUCUCCCGUCGGUUCUCCAAGUUCCGAUCUCUUCACGAUGCCCUCACCCGCGACGGGCUUCAACUGCACCCCUUUACCCCGCCAACCCCUGGGUUGACUUUUGGAUAA